AUGCUUCAUACACUCCAACUUCGGGCAGAAACACCACCAAGUCUGGCUCCCGGCCGCUCCGGAGCAUUUAGCGCCGGCAUUGCCCCCCCUCCCUUGCGUAUCGCUGCCUCCAAAAAGAAAAAAAUGCCAUCGACGCCCAAAGUCUUCAUUGUCCGCCACGGCGAGACGGAGUGGUCGCUCAGCGGCAAGCACACGGGCCGCACCGACAUCCCGCUCACCGCAAACGGCGAGAAGCGCGUGCUGGCGACCGGCAGAGCCAUGGUCGGUCCGGACCGUCUGAUUGUGCCCGGCAAGCUCGACCACAUACCCCAGCGGCGGCGGCGGCGCAUCAGAGACACGGCAUGGACCGUCCCUCUUUGCAAUAAUCCUCCUCCCCUACCCCCAGUCGCAGAAACGCCUCCGGGCAGCUACGUAUCGCCCCGCAAGCGCGCUCAGCGCACCUUUGAGCUCCUCAAUCUGGGUCUGCCAGACGGCACGCUGCCAUGGAAGCCCCACGGCGACAACCCGUGCGAGGGUUUCUCCUGCGCGGCCGCGGUUCAGGUCACCGAUGACAUCCGGGAGUGGGACUAUGGCGAGUAUGAGGGCGUCACCAGCCCCGAGAUUCGCCAGAUCCGCGCCGACAAGGGCCUCGAGGGCCGCUGGGAUAUUUGGCACGACGGCUGCCCAGGCGGCGAGAGCCCGCAGGAUGUGACGGAGAGACUGGAUAGGCUGAUUCACAAUAUCCGCGAAAAGUUCCACCGCCCAGUGCUGGAAAGGACCCAUCCGGAUCCUGCGGCCACGGGAAACGUGCUCAUUGUCGCCCAUGGCCACAUUCUACGUGCUCUAGCGCUACGCUGGAGCGGUCGUCCGCUAGAUGCUGGCCCAAUCUUUCUGCUCGAGGCCGGCGGCGUUGGCACAUUGAGCUACGAGCACCACAGUCUUGAGGAACCCGCCAUUCUGUUAGGUGGUGCCUUUGUCGUUGGUGAUGAGUAA